CGCACAUAAACUCCCCGCAGCGCCGCGGCGCCGCUCACUGCUCCGACCCUCCAAGAGAAGCAGCUAGCCGGCUAGCUAGCUAGCCCCGCGUCCCGGCGAGAGGAAAUGAAGAGGAGGUUACAUAAGAAAUACCUGGUUUUGAUCCUGGCGUACUCCGCUCUGCUGCUGUUGAUCCCCUACGUGUUGGACUACCGGGACAAAUCCGUCCAGCGCGCUAAACGGCCGCUGCCGCAGCAACAGCCGCGAUGCCCGGACCUGGAGAGCUCCGUGGCGCUGCUGUGGGAUAACGGUUACCGGGCGAACGGCAGCGACGCGGCGGAGCCCGCCGGCAACCGGAGCCGGUCGCGGAUCCACAUCUACCUGCACGCCACCUGGAGGACCGGCUCCUCGUUCCUGGGGGAGUUGUUCAACCAGCACCCCGAUGCGUUCUACCUGUACGAGCCCAUGUGGCACAUCUGGCAGGCUCUGUACCCGGGGGACGCGGGCAGCCUGCAGGGCGCGGUGCGCGACAUGAUGAACAGCCUGUACCGCUGCGACUUCUCGGUCCUCAAGCUGUACGCCGGCUCGCAGAACAUCACCACGUCCUUCAUCUUCGGCUGGAAGAUGAACAAGGUGAUCUGCUCGGAGCCGCUGUGCGACGCGCACAGGCGGCACGACAUCGGGCUGGUGCGGGAGGACCGCUGCGCCAAGUGCCAGAAGCGGGACAUCCGGGAGCUGGAGAGGGAGUGCAAGAAGUACCCGGUGAUGGUCAUCAAAGGCGUGCGCGUGUUGGACCUGAGCACGCUGGUGCCGCUGAUGAGAGACCCCGAGAUCAACCUGCGGGUCGUCCAGCUCUUCAGGGACCCGAGGGCCGUGCACAACUCGCGGCUGAAGUCCAAGCAGGCCCUGGUGAAGGAGAGCAUCCAGGUGCUGCGCAGCAAGAAGCAGACGGACAAGUACAAGCGGCUCCUCGUUCCGAGCAACCGGGUGAACCGGGCCGAGAGCUACGUCUCCAGCGCCAUGGAGCUCAUCUGCGACAACUGGCUCGGGGACAUGAUGCUGGUGGCCAACGCGCCUCCCUGGCUGAGGAGGAACUACCUGCGGGUCCGCUACGAGGACCUGGUGCUGCACCCGAUGGAGGAGCUCCAGAGGCUCCUGCGCUUCUCCAACCUCAGCACCUCCCCGGCCCUGGAGAAGUUCGCGCUGAACAUGACGCGCGGCCAGGGUUACUCCUCGGACAGGCCGUUCCUCAUUUCCUCCAGGGACGCCAAGGAGGCGAUCUACGCCUGGAGGGAGCGGCUCAGCGUGGAGCAGAUCCACCAGGUGGAGGCCUACUGCAGCGAGGUCAUGAGGCAGCUCGGGUACGGGAGGAACAACGUGGACAAAAGCCCGUGAGGACGUGCCGAGGUGAGCGUGCGCCUUUCCGACGGAAAUCAGCAGAGAGGCGCCGAAACCGCCCGCCGGGCCCCGCUGCUGACCUUUGACCCCCAUCCUCUCACCGAGGCCAAUUGGACUCUGCAGCGUUUGACGUGUGCGCGCUUUAAAUGAGCUCUAGGUGUGAUGUCCGCCUGGCGUUCAGACUGAGCUUUUCCGAGCGCUGACGUCAUCAACGCGGCUGGAUGGCAUCGUUUCAUUUGAUUAACACCGUUUCGCUCACGGCGCCUUUUUAACGGAAGGGAACGACAACAAUGGACUCUGCCUUUGUGUCGUAGAUAACCGCUUAAUCUGUGUGUCCGUGUGGUUUUAUUUCCUCACAUCAGAGGGGGGGGGGGCUCAUUUAUCUGGAGGCUCCUCGGUUUCUCGAUGAGUUUGACUCCACUAACAGAUUUUUAAUAUCCACCAGAGCGAGGCGGCGGCAGCAGGAAGGUUUCCCCCUCCUCAAUAACCGGCUGCUGCUGGUUCAUAGAGGCUUCAUUGUUUCCCCGCUGGCAGGGCUCGGCCCUCUCAUGGGGGGGGGAGGGAACUGGCAGCAAGUCUCCCGACGCCGCUGCCGAGAAGGGGGGGGGGUCAUUGUCCCCGACGAGUCACCCGCCAAGCAGCCGGGCGCCCAGCAGAAACCGGGUGGAGGCAGCCCGGUCCCGCCGGCGCCACCCGGAGUCGAGCCCCGAUGGACGUGAACGGGCUACUGGGCGCAGGCCCAACGUGUCCCUCGCCAAUGCGGUCUGAACACGAGGUGUGUGGGGUGUGGGUGGGGGGCGGCGGCGCCUGAUGGGCCCGCGCUGCCAGGGGUGCAGAUGGGGGCCGUGCACAUCGUUAAUCCCGCCAGGAAGUGACCUUCUGCUCCGAGUCGGUUUCCAGCCAGCAGCUGUAGUGUUGAUCUCCUCCCUUCUCUUCCAGCUGCUCGGUGUUUCUGCGCCGAGGGUGAAAGGUGGGACGCGAAAACGAGCAGCUGGAAUGUGAUCAGCGGGGGUGGGGGGUUGGUCGGGGGGGGAAGAGCAGCUUAGUUGUACGUUGUUUAAUGCCAGCGGGACGUCGAGGGGAAUCACAGCAGACGGGUUUCUGUCCGUUUUAGUAGCACUAAACCCUCCUCGGAGCCAGAAGGGGCCCAACACGGGACUUGGGGAGGACGACCCCCCCCCCCGACCCCCACACACACACACACACACCCGCGUGGUCUACGAGUAGCGGCUGCUAGGAGAGAAGAAACUACAGUACUUUCUGGGGCCGGGGGCCCGGCCGAGGGACCUUCUGCUCCCCUCAGGAAUCCCGAGCAGCUGCAGCCCCCCCGACCGACUGAAACACUCCGGCGGGUGUGAAGCGCCGCCUCGCUCCCCAACCAGCGGUUCACUGUAUUUUGUGUAGUCGCAGACGGCACGGAUUCAUUUUGUGUUCAGUUUUCUUUUCUUGGUCGAAAACAUGUAAAAAAAUAAUAAAAUGCUGCGGCGUCGACCAGCAUCAAGCGUUCAACUUCAGAAGUUGGUUCUGUAAUCAUCCGGCUCUCUUGACAAUAAAGUGGCCGCGGUGACGUUU